GCUGCUGCGGGCUUGCACUCCCCCCGUAACUAUAUUAUUACCCAACGUCCUCCAUGCCCCUGUCCCGACUCCCACCUGGCCCAUCUCCAUGUUUCCCGCUCUCGUCAACCUUCUCCCGCCGCAUCUAGACGCUGGAUCUUGCAUUUUUGGGGCAUAGGGCAUAGGGCAUAGGGCAUAGGGUAUCUAUUCUUAUUCUUAUUUUUAUUCUUUCUCUUGCAUUCUUUGUUCCUCUGGUCUUUGUUUUCUUCGGCUUCUUCAACAAGGGGGUGGAUAUAUCUUGGGUCUAGACCACGCCAUCAUAGACAACGACGACGAACCGAAACAUUUUCCCUUCCCGAGACAAGACAAUCCCGUCGUCACCUCUUCUCGACGAGUCGACAGCAAAACCACACCGAAUCACACGAUGCGCUCUCUCCCGCUCCUCUCCCUCGCCGCCACCUGCGUCUCGGCCGGCACCCUCGCCGUCGACUUCUCCAAGCACAAGCUCGACCUCCCCCUCACCAUCACCAAGCGCGACAACACGCUGAACCUCGACGCCAUCAACAACAUCACCGGCGGAGGCUACUAUGCCGAGUUCGACAUCGGCACCCCCGGCCAGAAGAUUGGCUUCCUGCUCGACACGGGCAGCAGCGACACCUGGGUCAACUCUGUCGACACGGAUCUGUGCAACAGCAUCUCGCUGCAGGCCACGAAUGGCUUCUGCAUGACCACUUUCAACCCUAAAGAUAGCGACACCUACAAGCUCGUCGACGCCGGCGGCUUCGACAUCACCUACCUCGACACGCGCCGAAUCCGCGGUGACUACUUCAAUGACACCGUCACCAUCGGCGGCAAGGCCGUCAAGAACCAGCAGCUCGGCCUCGCCACCAAGUCAGUGCGCCCCACGGGUAUCAUGGGCUUGGGCUUUGCUGCCAACGUCGCCGCCAACGUCGAGUACCCCACCAUUCUCGACAACAUGGUGUCUCAAGGCUACAUCGACACAAACGCCUUUAGCUUGUACCUGAACGACCUCAGCGCAAGCUCCGGUACCGUCCUCUUCGGCGGCAUCGACACCAAGAAGUUCGUCGGCGAGCUCACCACCCUUCCUCUCCAACCCGACUUCCAGUCCCUCGACACCAACGUCACCUCCUUCACCGUCAAGAUGGACUCGUUCAAGGUCUCGGGCGCCAAGGAUGCCAGCGUCGAGAGCUUCGAGGCCAAGGCCAUCCUCGACUCGGGCUCCACCAUUUGCCUCCUCCCGCAAUCCCAGACCCAGGACCUCUGGAACGCCUUCGAUAUCCGCACCGUCCAGAGCAUUAACGUCCCUUUUGUCGACUGCGCCUACGCCGGCUCCAAAGGUGACGGCAUCUCCAUCGACUUCACCUUCAGCGGCAAGACCAUCAGCGUCCCCCUGAACGAGAUGGUUGUCGACUCCUUCGCCGCCAUCCAGGACCAGAUCAUGAGCGACCCCCAGCUCAGCCAGGUUUUCAGUGGCUGGGACAGCGCCUGCAUGUUUGGCGUCGCCUCCGCGUCCGACUACGGUGUCGACAACUCCGACUUUGCCCUGCUCGGCGACACAUUCCUGCGCUCCGCCUACGUCGUCUACGACCUCGUCAACAAGCAGAUCGGCAUCGCCGAGUCCAACACCAACACCAACGACAGUGACAUUGUCGAGCUUAAGGCCGGAGACACCAACUUCCCCAACGUCACCGGCGUCGCUAGCAGCGGGAACGGAAACAACGACAGCGCCGCCGGCAACCUGGCCCCCGCCAUGGUGGCCGCCCUCAUGAUGGUUGUCGGUGCCGUGGCCGUGAUGCUAUAAUCGGGUGUGUACCGGCUUAAGCUCGAUGCGCGCGUGUUUUCCCACGUCGGUGUACGUGGAUUUGUGUAUGUAUAUGACCAUCCCGAGACGACGACGACAAGGAGAUGCCGUCGCUGAAAACCUUUGUAUAUACGAUACCCUCAUCGGAAAUAAUUUCUCGUUUGACAUAAUCCCUCCGCCAUAUCGGCAAUCGGGCACGUUGGAUAUAUAUGAUGGAUGUGCCACCUAAAUUUAAUUGUUACC